AGUUUCCGAAAAUGACAUUUUUUGUUUUGUACUCUUUCUGUGCAGAGUUUGAAAGUUGAAACUCAUAAAUAUAAGCUAGUGUCUACUGGCUAGUGUCCUCUCCUCACAUUGUUUCAUAACAUAACAGCUUUAAUUCAAACACCCCAUUUCUCUAUUCUUCUUUUUUUGUGCCAUUCCUAGUUUCUUGAACUUCCUUGUUUUUUUUGGUUUCUGGGUAUCUUUCAAAUACAAACAAUCCCUCAAAAAGCCUCAAUUUUUUUAGUCUUUACUCAUUUACAGUGAAAGCUCUCUUUCUCCUUAUGUGAUGCUUUUAGAUCCUUCAACUCUAUCACUUCAUUUCACCAAGGUGAAGUGAGAUUUUGUUUUAGCUAAAAAAUCGUUAGAAGUGUGCUUCUAUCAUCAAUCAUAUCAAAUGCCAAGAUCAAGGGGAACUGAUUUGCCUCAGAGGCAGUCUCCAAGAGGUACUCAUGCACUUCGAACAUCGAGUUCGGACUCAGAUCCAUCACAUCAUCGACCAGUUACAGUCCGAAGUCCAAAGCUAGGCGACCGACGUUCUCCAAGAGGUAGUACUCAAUCUGAGACGGUAAAUCAGAAGAAGCUCGGAACUCGUAUUGCAGAUUUGGAAUCACAGCUUGGUCAGGCACAACAAGAGUUGAAAAAUUUGAAGGACCAACUAUCUUCUACAGAAGCUGAAAAGAAAAAAGCUGAGGAUGAACUUGUAAAGAAAGCUCAAUCAGUAGAAAAGUUUCAAGAGAAAAAAAGCAUUUCCAAGAAUGUUGAAGAAUGUAAUAACAAAGCUGAAAUCAAACUUCAAGAAGUUGUUAUAGAUGAUGAAAAUCAACAAGAGACUGAUGUGUUUGAAGUUCCGAUCGAAAAGUUGGAAAUUGAAUUCAGAAAACCUGUUGAUGAAUUUGAUAAGGAAACUCAAAUUCAACCAGCAAUAUCGGAUCCAGAGAAGCCUUUUGUCGAUGAACUGAAACUAAAAGAUGACAAAAUAGCGUUGUUGAAAUCAAGUUUGGAAGAGAAAAAGAAGGAACUGGAAUCAAUGAGUAAUGAAAAUGACCAUCUGAAAAGUCAACUGAACGAAACAGUUUCGAAAGUGAAAGCCUUUGAAACAAAAGAAGAAGGAAUGACAAUGCAGGUGAAGCAAUUGAGUGAAGAUUUGGAAGCAAGUAAAGGGAAUGAAGAGAAGUUGAAUAAGAAGUUGAAAUCUGUGGAAGAAGAAAAGGAAGCGUUAGAAUCAGAAAUGAAGAAGCUGAGAGUGCAGACAGAACAAUGGAGAAAAGCAGCAGAUGCUGCAGCUUCAGUGCUUGCAGGAGGUUUUGAUAUGAGUGCUGCUUCUCGAGUUCCUGAAAGGUGUGGUUCAAUGGAUAAGCACUUUGGUGGAGGAACAUUUGAGACACCUGGUGUUGGAAGGUAUCGUGGAUAUGUAGGGUCUCCUGGCAUGAUCGAUGAUUUUGAUGAUGGUUUUGGAGGUGGAAAAAAGAAGGGUUCUGGUAUUAGAAUGUUUGGUGAUUUAUGGAAGAAGAAAGGCCAAAAGUGAUUUCCGCACCUGUUUCGAUUUUCAGUGAGUUUGGCAGAAUCCCGAUGUUUCACGUGAUUCCCUGAAAAAGCUAUACAUUAGAGUUCAAACAAAAUCAGGGUGUCACCGUAAUUUUGUCAAACUUGCUAUGAUUCCAAUGAAUGGUCAUGUUUGAGUGGUAGCAUUACUAGUAUCUACAAAAGACAGUUGCUUACUGUUGUUCAUGAAUCUUUCUGGUAUUAUCUUGUUUAGUUGUUUUUGUUGAACUAUAAUGGCCAUUAAGCUUGUACUGUUAUAUUACUAUUGCAUGAUCAGUGCAAGCUAGUGAUUUGAACUUUUGAAAGAUGGUUUAUGUAAUGGUUUUUAGCCCUUUUCCAACUGAGAUGAAGGGUUUUUAAGCUAA